GGCUCGAACCUGUGCCCCUUGCAUUGGCAGGCAGAUUCUUAACCACUGUGCCACCAGGGAAGCCCAGUAACACCUUUAUAAAAGGCUGUAUACUUUGCAAAAUGAUUGCACACAUGGUGAUUCCUAGAUCAGGAUUAUGAUGGGGAAUAAGAAAUCCAAAUGACUACUUGGAAAAAAGUUUUAACCCAGACUAAAAUUAUCAGCUUCUAAAAACGGAUAAGGAGGGCUUCCCUGGUGGCACAGUGGUUAAGAAUCCGCCUGCCAUGGGCUUCCCUGGUGGCGCAGUGGUUGAGAGUCCGCCUGCCGAUGCAGGGGACGUGGGUUCGUGCCCCGGUCUGGGAAGAUCCCACAUGCCGCGGAGCGGCUGCGCCCGUGGGCCAUGGCCACUGAGCCUGCACGUCCGGAGCCUGUUGCGUUCAAGCCCUGGUCUGGGAAGAUCCCACGUGCCGCAGAGCAACUAAGCCCGCAUGCCGCAACUGCUGAAGCCCGUGCACCUAGAGCCCAUGCUCCACAACAAGAGAAGCCACCACAAUGAGAAGCCCGCGCACUGCAACGAAGAGCAGCCCCCACUCGCUGCAACUAAAGAAAUCCCGCACGCAGCAACGAAGACCGAACACAGCGAAAAACAAAUUUAUUUUUUUAAAAAAACGAAUAAGGUCUAAGAAGGUUUUUUUUCAGUUGUCAGUGGAUAAAAACAAUCUACUUUAUUUCUUCCACCAUAGAAGUUCUGUGUUUCCCUCAGAUAAACUGAAAAUGAUAUCAGAGUCACUUUAUUAUAGAUACUUUUUAACUACAGAGUCUGUACCUAAAAGAUCAAAUAAACACGCAAUUACAAGUUGUGAUAAGGUCUAUGAAGUUUAAAAAAGUGCUACGAAAGAGAAUACCAAGGAGACCCACUUUUAGACUGGGUGGUUAGGAAACAUCCUCAGAAGGUAAAGACACUUAGAUUAAACAAGGAAAAAGUGAAAAAAGAGCGAUUUUGAAGAGCUAAAAGAAAGGCCCAUCAGUUUGAAGCCUAGUUAGUGAAGAGGAGAGUAAAACCAGAUGGAUUGUAGAGGUAGACAGAGGCCAGAUAAUGCAGGAUCUUGAAAUGGAAGGAAUUUCUCAUUUAAGAUAAUUUGUCCUAAUGAAGAUUUAAAUGUAAGAUUAACCAUGUAAGAAUGCAACUUGGCAUCUCCUUCUGAUUGUAGCAAACUGCUUCUGCAGGACUUGGGUCUCUGUGGCACCAUACUCAGUUAAAGUACGACCUGAUUGAUCUCAGUUUCCUAGGGAGACACCCCUCGCUUUAAAAAAUAAAAGGGCAAAUAUGAUAGCCCUUACAUGUGGAAUCUAAAAUAUGAUACAGGCCCUGGCUGCUGGGAUGGCAGAUGAAGAAGAAGACCCCACCUUUGAGGAAGAAAAUGAAGAAAUUGGGGGAGGUGCAGAAGGUGGACAGGGUAAAAGAAAGAGACUUUUUUGUAAAGAAUUACAGUGUAUGAUGUAUGGGUUUGGGGAUGACCAGAAUCCUUAUACUGAGUCAGUAGAUAUUCUUGAAGACCUUGUCAUAGAGUUCAUCACCGAAAUGACUCACAAGGCAAUGUCAAUUGGAAGACAAGGUCGGGUACAAGUUGAAGAUAUCGUCUUCUUGAUUCGAAAGGACCCAAGAAAGUUUGCUAGGGUUAAAGACUUGCUUACUAUGAAUGAAGAAUUGAAACGAGCUAGAAAAGCAUUUGAUGAACUAUGGAUCUUGACAUUUUUUGUACUUUCUGAAGUUUCAUUAUUUUCUGGGGAAAUCAUAUUUAAUAACUAUAUUUUCCACAGUAAGGUUCUGAUAUCUAGCCAUGUGAAUGAAAAAUAGAGAACCACAAAGUUUUCAGUCUUUAUUUUCGUGUCUUCAAUUUUAGAGUGAUAUUUGAGCCUUUAAUUGCCUGCCAUUAUAUUACCAUACUUUGAAUUAAUUACUGGAUUUUAAUGACCACGUGUAAGUCAAAGUACCUUGCAAACCAUUCAGUUCCUUCUGACUUUUGACCAUCUAAAUGAUGAAUUAAUAUUUAUGUAUUAGGUGUACUUGUGCCAUUGUAGGCUGUACUGUAGCUGUUUAAUAUGUGAAAUCUAAAUGGUACCUUUGAUAGCGAAGACAGGUGUUUCAUGUAUUCUAAAGUUUUUAGAUUACAGUAGUCUUAAGUUAUUAAAAGACUUUUAAGGAGAAAAGGAUAAAAAAUACAACCUUUAAGGAGAAAAUGAUAGAAAAUACAACCUUUUUUAGGAGUGUUUAUUUGUCUUAAGAUAAUUUGUUUUAAUACUCUUUUCUUUAGAUAACAAGAGUGAUUUUUUUCAUUUUCAUUUUUUAUUUUUUGAGAAACUAAAACUUUCCUAUGAAUGCUUGUGUGUUGGAAGACUUAUUUGGUUUAAAAUCUUCAGGGCUUAUACUAUUUGUCAGUUUUUAAGAGAACUCAUUUUCCCAGGUCAAAGCUUCUAAAAAUAAGUGCUUUCAGUAGCAGGAUAAGCAUUUGGGGUAGUGUUUAUUAACUUAUUUGUUAGUACUUGUUUAUUGUGGAAAUGUGUACUUGACUAAGACCAUGUGUGGCCAUGGAAACCACUUUUGUAGUUCAGCAUAUACAGGUUUUGUGCGUAUUUAGCUUAUUGUAUUAUUCUUGCACUUAGCUUAAAGUAAGGAUUAAAAUUGCAUUUAAGGGGAUCAUUGGAUAUUACUGUUUGUGAAACUGAAUGUUUUGUGUCCCGCUUAUAAACAUUAUCUAUGAAUUAGUACUUAGGAAAAUUUUACUUUCUUAACCUAUCAGUAUAAGGAAUAAAGUAUGAAAAAUUAAAAAUAAAAAAAUAUGAUACAAAUGAACUUAUUUACAAAACAGAAAGAGACUCACAGAUAUAGAAAACUUGAUGGUUACCAAAGGGGAAAAGGGGUGGGAGAGGGAAAAAUUAGGAGUUUGGUAUCAGCAUAUACAAAAUACUAUAUAUAAAACAGAUAAACAACAAGGUCCUACUGUAUAGCACAGGGAACUAUAUUCAAUAUUCUGUAAUAAACCAUAAUGGAAAAGAACAUGAAAAAGAAUAUACAUGUGUGUGUAUAUAUAUAUGUGUGUGUGUAUGUGAAUCACUUUGCUGUACACCAGAAACUAACAAAACAUUGUAAAUCAACUAUACUUUAAUUAAAAAUUUUAAAAAUUAAAUAAAUGGGCAAGAUAACACAUUGGAAAUUUUAGAUUUUAAAAUUGAAGUAGUGUAAAAACAUGCCAUGUAUGUACAUCUAAAUAAUUGUUACUUUAGAUUUUUCUUUUUCCUUACCUCUAUACAUUCAUAUCCCUUAUAUAAGAAAUGAAAGGGACUUCCCUGGUGGUGCAGUGGUUAAGAAUCCGCCUGCCGAUGCAGGGGAUGCGGGUUCGAGCCCUGGUCUGGGAAGAUCCCACAUGCCGCAGAGCAACUAAGCCCGUGCACCACAACUACUGAGCCUGCGCUCUAGAGCCCACGAGCCACAACUACUGAAGUCCACGCGCCUAGAGCCCGUGCUCUGCAACAGGAGAAGCCACCGCAAUGAGAAGCCUGUGCACCGCAAGGAAGAGUAGCCCCCACUCGCCACAACUAGAGAAAGCCCGCGCGCAGCAAUGAAGACCCAAUGCAGCCAAAAAUAAAUAAAAUAAAUUUAUAUAUAUAAAAAAGAAAUUAAUGAAAAGCCAAGAUGAGUGUGAGGUGAAUAAGUGGAGCCAGCCAAAACUCUUGUGCCACUGCAGAUGCCUUAGCCACAGUGUGGCAUGCAUUGAUUGAAUGUCGUGUGUCUUUGUAACAUGAUGAUGAAUAAUAACAGUAAAUAUAGGAAAUAAAAUUGAACAUUAUAUAGGAUUGUUUUUGGUUUGUUUGUUUUUUUGGUACAAUGGGCUAAUUUGAUUUUGGUUUCU